AGUAGCGAUUCCACCAACAGCAACAAAUUCUUACAUGACUGCUGUGAUGUUGUUAUGUUGAAUGCGACUUUUUUUUUAUCGGAUCUUGAUAAAACUGGAAUAAUUCACCGCACCGAACUUUGCCGUUAUACAGCCGGAUGAUUUUUGAUAUUCACGAGACCUGAGAUUUUUGUCUGUUAUUGGACACGGGAGAAAAUCAGUUUCUGCGCAAUGUGUUGUAGAUUUUUUCGGAUUUAAGGACUUGGCACGCAAAUCGGUAAGAUUACUCCUCCAAGUUUAUAUUUGGACUUAAUGACCUGAUUUUAAUGUCAGAAAAGCAGCAGAGCUGAAUUUCAAACUUUUCAAGCAUAAUGAUAACACUUUAUUUUAAGGUGAAAGUGAGACUUUCAAAUAUAGUAUAUCACUGUGAAGCGAUGGUGAACAGUGCGCUCUUUCCAUGCCACCUUUAAUACAUCAUUUUGUGGACAUUUUUUUUUCAUUUUUUCGUCAGACCUCUCAUAAAAACAACAAAGUAGCUUGGUCAAUGGAGUGUGGCAACGCGACCAACGGAACUUUGCCCUAUGCUUUUGGGACCUCAGUCGCCCUAACGAUUGGCCUUCUUGUAGGAAUUCUCAUUCUACUGACAGUAUUUGGCAACGUCUUGGUUGUGAUAGCUGUAUUUACGAGUCGCUCCUUACGAGCGCCCCAAAAUCUGUUUCUAGUCUCCUUGGCAUCCGCAGACAUACUGGUGGCAACCCUGGUCAUGCCAUUCUCUCUGGCAAAGGAACUCAUGGGAUGCUGGUACUUUGGCACAGUGUGGUGUGAAAUUCACCUGGCUCUCGACGUUUUCUUUUGCACGUCAUCGAUUGUCCAUCUGUGCGCCAUAAGUUUGGACAGAUACUGGUCCAUCACUCAAGCUAUAGAAUACAACCUGAAACGAACUCCACGAAGGAUAAAAUGCAUACUUUUCAUCGUUUGGGUAAUCGCUGCCGUCAUUUCUUUUCCACCUUUAAUAUCCACGGAAAAGUCGGGGACCACGGGGGAGUGCAAGAUCAACGACAAGCAGUGGUAUAUAAUCUCCUCCAGUAUCGGCUCGUUCUUCGCCCCCUGCAUCAUUAUGAUUCUAGUGUACAUUCGAAUAUACCAAAUCGCAAAGAAACGAACAAGGGUUCCUCUGGGUACAAGAGACAACGGCCCUGCAGAGAGGAGGCAUAACGGCUUCGCCGACAGGGUCUCUCCGGAGAGGUUAAACGGAGAGGCUGCACGAGAGAACGCGGUUGUCCGAGAAGGUGAAAUCAAUGGCGUUGACAUGGAAGAGUCGUCAUCGUCCGACCACAACGUAAAGAACCCGUGUUCCAUGAAAGCGAAAAAAGGUAAGGGGAAAACCAAGAUCAGUCAAAUCAAGCCUGGAGAUAAUCUCCCCAAACAAGAGACUGAACGGAGCAUCAGACGUAGCAGGUGGAAAGGACGCCAAAACAGAGAAAAACGGUUCACUUUUGUUCUGGCAGUGGUGAUAGGAGUUUUUGUGGUCUGUUGGUUUCCGUUUUUCUUCACAUACUCACUGACCGCUUUUUGUGGCGCCGACUGCGUACCCGAAACUCUGUUUAAGUUCUUUUUCUGGUUUGGGUACUGCAACAGCUCUCUAAAUCCAGUUAUAUACACAAUAUUCAACCACGAUUUUAGGAGAUCGUUUAAAAAGAUCCUUUGUAAGGGCGAGAAAAAACGAAUGGUUUAAAUAUCGACCGGACUGCUUUUUGUCGACACUGAUAAGAUGAACAGUUCAUUCUUGAUGAGCAAGUGUUGCACUUGGGAGAGACACACUUGAGCAGAUCAAUGUAUUACAAAGAGGAAGCCAGGCUUAAAAGACUUGGAAUUGUUUUACGCGACGGUGCAGUGUGUGUACAUAGUCUACGUGUAAUGUAUUUUAAAAACGUUUUGAUGGACAACUGGAAACCACGCACAGUAAUGGAAAGAUGUGAGAACUAUCACAAAAAGGAAGCUAUUCCUCUUUCGUCAACGCUUCGACUUAUGGAAGUACCAUGCAAACGCCCACACGUACAUUAUUAUGUAAAUAGUUUUUAUGCUGUAAUGUUGUAUUUCAUAAAAAAAUAGCUGUUGGAUAUUUCAUGUGAGCUGUCAUUUUAAGGUAUUUUUGCCAAUACCACAUAUUGUGCUUGUCUUUGUAUUUCCGAACUGAGUGGUUAUUGUGAAUAUAACUGCAACUAUAAAAAGUGAACAAAAUAUUUACAACAUGUGAGAUGUAAUAAGUAAUUAUAUCUCUGGACAAUGAUUUGAGCUUUUGUUCUGAGAACCCUGAUUAUCUGUUACAGUAAACAUUUGGUGAAUAUUAUCUCACAAAUAUAUCACAACUUUACACUUUUCAACAAUUAAUGCUGGUAUUACAUUAAUACGUACCUAAACACACACACGUGAAUAAAUUACUGAAACAUGUUAUUU